GCCGAGAUGCAGCUGCUCCUGCUCGUGCCGCUGCUGCUGGCCCCGGCGCCCGGGUCCUCGGCUCCCAAGGUGAGGAGGCAGAGUGACACCUGGGGCCCCUGGGGUGACUGGAGUCCCUGCACCCGGACCUGCGGAGGGGGCAUCAGCUUCCAGGAGCGCUCCUGCUACUCGAAGAGGAGAGAUGGGGGCUCUAGCUGCGUGGGCCCUGCUCGCAGACACCGCUCUUGCCACAUCGAGAGCUGCCCCGAAGGUGCCCGCGACUUCCGGGCAGAGCAGUGCUCGCAGUUCGAUGGCCUGGAGUUCCAGGGCCGCAGGUACAGGUGGCUGCCCUACCUCGGCGCCCCAAACAAGUGUGAGCUGACCUGCAUCCCCCAGGGGGAGAGCUUCUACUACAAGCAUAGGGACGCCGUGGUAGAUGGGACACCCUGCGAGCCUGGCAAACGAGAUGUCUGUGUGGAUGGCAUCUGCCGGGUCGUUGGCUGUGACCACAAGCUAGACUCGUCGAAGCAGGAGGACAAGUGUCUGCAGUGUGGGGGUGAUGGCACGACCUGCUACCCCGUCACCGGCACCUUUGAUGCGAAUGACCUGAGCAGAGGCUACAACCAGAUCCUCAUCGUUCCCGUGGGGGCCACCAGCGUCCACAUCGAGGAGGUGGCCGCCAGCAGGAAUUUCCUGGCGGUGAAGAGCGUCCAGGGCGAGUACUACCUCAACGGGCACUGGACCAUUGAUGCCGCCCGCGCCCUGCCCGUUGCCAGCACUGUCCUGCACUACGCGCGGGGUGCUGAGGGGGACCUGGCACCCGAGCAGCUCCAUGCCCGCGGCCCCACCUCGGAGCCCCUGGUCAUCGAGCUCAUCAGCCAGGAGUUCAACCCCGGCGUGCGCUAUGAGUACCAUCUGCCCCUGGACACCCCCAGGCCCGGCUUCAACUGGAGCCACGGCUCAUGGGGUGACUGCAGUGCUGAGUGUGGUGGAGGUCACCAGUCCCGCCCAGUGUUCUGCACCUUCGACAGUGAGGUCUACCCUGACCACAUGUGCCAGCACCAGCCUCGGCCGGCCAACCGCCGCCCUUGCAGCCCUCACCCCUGCCCUCAGACCAAGCGCUGGAGGACAGGGCCCUGGACGCCCUGCUCGGCCUCCUGCGGAGGUGGCUCCCAGUCCCGCUCUGUCUACUGCGUCUGGUCUGACGGGGCUGGUGGCCAGGAGCCUGUGGAGGAGGCCCAGUGUGCAGGCCUGCCUGGGAAACCCGCUGCCACCCAGGCCUGCCACCUGCAGCGCUGUGCAGCCUGGCACGAGGAGCCCUGGGGAGAGUGUUCGGUCAGCUGCGGUGCUGGAGUCCGGAGGAGGAGUGUCACUUGCCGGAGUGACCAGGGGUCUCUGCUCCAUGCCACAGCGUGCUCCUCUGAGGACCAGCCGCCUCUCACUGAGAGCUGUGUGCAUGAUGACUGUCCCCCCAUCAAUGACCAGGCCUGGCACGUAGGCGCCUGGGGUCUAUGCUCCAGGAGCUGCAGCUCAGGUACUCGGAGACGGCAGGUUGUCUGUGCCAUUGGGCCACCCAGCCACUGCAGGGGCCUGCAGCUGUGGAAGCCCGCCGAGGCGGAGCCCUGUAACACGCAGCCCUGCCACCUUCCUCCUGAGGUCCCAAGCAUGCAGGUCGUGCACACCAGUCUCGGGGCCCCCUGGAUGUCUUUGGGCCCUCGGGAGGCCCCUGCCUCAGGUGAGAAGCUUGGUGGAAGCCCCCAACCCAGGGCCCUGGAGAUGGAGGUUGCAGGCAGGGAUUCCAGAGACCAGUGGGCACCCCAGGAGCAACCCUCAGCCCGGGGUAACCCCAGAGGAGACCAGGGCCCCCACCUGCCAGCCCCAGGCCCAGUCUCUUCUCUGCAGCAGUCCCCAAGCCAGCAGGCCCUGUGGUCUGGCUCAGGGCCCCAGGACUGCAGACACAGCCUCUAUGGGUGCUGCCCCGAUGGCCACACGGCAUCUCUUGGGCCGCAGUGGCAAGGCUGCCCUGGGGCCUCUUGCCAGCAGAGCAGGUACGGGUGUUGCCCCGAUGGGGUGUCUGUGGCUGAGGGGCCCCAUCAAGCCGGCUGCGCGAGGUCUUACAGCGGGGACAACGUGGGGAGCAGGCCAGGUUCGCGAGCAGUGGCCUCCACGGCCCCCAAGGCCCACCAGCCCCAGGCCCAGCAAAAUGAGCCCAGUGAGUGCCGGGGCUCCCAGUUUGGCUGUUGCUAUGACAACGUGGCCUCUGCAGCAGGCCCUUUUGGGGAAGGCUGUGUAGGCCAGCCCAGCUAUGCAUACCCCGUGGGGUGCCUGCUGCCCAGUGCUCUGGGCUCCUGUACAGACUGGGCCACCCGCUGGUACUUCAUCCCCUCUGUGGGCCGGUGUAACCGCUUCUGGUAUGGAGGCUGCCACGGCAAUGCCAACAACUUUGCCUCGGAGGACGAGUGCAUGAGCAGCUGCCGGGGGUCUCGACAUGCACCCCGCCAACCGGCGCCUGGGGCCGCUGGCCAGAGCACCCACAGCAGUGGAGGUGGCCACAGUCCUGGAAGCCAGCAGGAGGCCGGCCGGCACAGGACCGAGGCCACGGUCCAGAGAAAGCCCGGGCUGGAGGCGCACCACACCCCGGCCUUAGGAGAACGGCCCCGGGGCCAGGAGCUGGGGCGCAGCACCCCUGGACUAGGCGGAGAUGCUGGGUGGCCAGCACCACCCUCCCACAGCUCCUCCUACAGGAUUAACUUGGCAGGCUCGGAGCCCUCUCUGGUGCAGGUGGCCCUGGGACAGGUCGUGCGGCUCUUCUGCCCAGAGGACGCCUCCAUGGACCUGCACACCAGGUGGCAGAAAGACGGGCAGCCCCUCUCCUCUGCCAGGCACAGGCUGCAGCCCGAUGGCUCCCUGGUCAUCAGCCCCCUGCGGGCAGAGGACGCUGGCACCUACAGCUGUGGCACCAGGCCAGGCCGUGACUCUCCGAAGGUCCAGCUUCGCAUCGCAGGGGGUGACACGGCUGUGCUGGCCGAGGCUGAGCCAGGGCACUUCCCUCAGACCAGGGACCCGGCCCAGGGCCACAGCCCUGGGGACUCCAGCCGCGGGCGGGAUGCCGAGGGCCUGGGCGCCAUCUCCUCCUCUCAUCCACGGCCCGCAAUCAGGCUGCGCCUGGACCAGAACCAGCCUGGGGUGGUGGAUGCCCGUCCUGGGCAGCGGAUCCGGUUGACCUGUCGCGCCGAGGGCUUCCCACCCCCAGCCAUUGAAUGGCAGAGAGAUGGGCAGACCCUGUCCUCCCCCAGACACCAGCAGCAGCCCGAUGGCUCUCUGGUCAUCAGCCAAGUCGCUGUGGAAGAUGGCGGCUUCUAUGCCUGUGUUGCCUUCAAUGGGCAGGACCGCGACCAGCGAUGGGUCCAGCUCAGAGUUCUAGGGGAGCUGACCAUCACAGGGCUGCCCUCCACUGUCACGGUGCCGGAAGGUGACACGGCCAGGCUGCGCUGUGUGGUGGCGGGAGAAGGUGUGAACAUCAGAUGGUCCAGGAACGGGCUGCCGAUACGAGCCGAUGGCCACCGUGUCCACCAGUCCCCAGAUGGCACUUUGCUGAUCCACAACCUGCGGGCCGGGGACCAGGGCUCCUACACGUGCAGCACCUACCACGGAAGCCAGGCGGUCAGCCGCAGCACUGAGGUGAAGGUGGGCCCGCCAGCACUGGCCGCCCAGCCGAGGGACUGCAUCGACCAGCCGGAGCUGGCCAACUGUGAUCUGAUCCUGCAGGCACGACUCUGUGGCAAUGAGUAUUACUCCAGCUUCUGCUGUGCCAGCUGUUCCCGUUUCCAGCCGCACGCUCAGCCAGUCUGGCAGCAGGGAUGA